AUGGGUGUUGGUUUCUUUAAGAGAACUGCAAGUAUUUGAUUGGUUGGAAGACGGUUACUAUAGUUACCGUCAAUCCUAGGACGCUGCUACUGCAUACAGUAGUGAAUGGGGGAAUGGGCCUUUGCUAAUCUGGGGCUGCUUCCUACACAGCCUGUUUUUGCCAUUCCCUGCUUUCCUGGCCAGGCUUAGAGCCAGUGAAGAUGAACCCCCAAGUUCUAGCUGUUUAAAUAAGUUCAGGUUUUGAAGAUUAAACUUCUUGCAUAAGAAGACCACAGGAUCUCACAUUUUUAUUCAGGAAAAAGUGUAGCUUUGGAACAGCUUAGAACUAUGGCUAAGGAUAAGAAGAAAGAUAACAAAAAGGCUGAAAAAUCUGUGCCUCUCCCUCCUCCUCCUCCUGUUGUUCCUUCACAUGAGGGUAGUUUGUCUAAGCUCCCAGGUUUACAGACAUCAUUAAAUCAAGUGGAAGAAGUACAGCCAAACACAUUGGUAUCCCAGGAAGAAUCAAAAGAGGUGGAAGAACCUGUGGUUCAAGAGGCUGUUCAGUACUAUGAAGAGCCUGUUCUAACUCAACUCAUUGUAAAAAGUUAUGAAGGAGAAAAAAUCCAUGGAUUGUAUGAAGGAGAAGGUGUUGCAUAUUUUGAGGGAGGAAGUGUGUACAGGGGCAUGUUUUCUGAAGGGCUUAUGCAUGGACAAGGGACUUACACAUGGGCUGAUGGAGUGAAGUAUGAGGGCACCUUUGUUAAGAAUGUUCAGAUGUAUAAUGGCACUUAUACCUGGUGUGAUGGCAGUGUAUAUGAAGGAGAAAUCACAAAAGGAGUAAGGCAUGGAUUUGGCAUGUACAAGAGUGGCACCCAUCCAGUUUCUUAUAUCGGCCAAUGGUGUGAAGGCAAAAGACAUGGGAAGGGUACCAUUUAUUAUAAUCAAGAAGGAACCUCCUUGUAUGAUGGUGACUGGGUAAACAACAUCAAAGAGGGCUGGGGGAUAAGAUGUUAUGAAUCAGGAAAUAUAUAUGAAGGUCAGUGGGAGAAAAAUGUACGCCAUGGGGAAGGAAGGAUGAGGUGGCUGACAAUAAAUCAGGAGUAUACUGGGCAAUGGGCAAAUGGCAUACAGCAUGGGUAUGGCACCCACACCUGGUUUCUGAAGAGAAUACCUGGGUCUCAGUAUCCUUUGAGGAAUGAAUACAUAGGAAAUUUUGUGAAGGGUGAUCGUCAUGGGCGUGGAAGGUUCAUCUAUGCCAGUGGAGCAAUGUAUGAUGGAGAAUGGAUUUGCAAUAAAAAGCAUGGCUUUGGAAGGUUUGUCUUCAAGAACGGACGUAUUUAUGAAGGAGAGUUUAUAAAUGAUCAAAUUGCAGAUUAUCCCACUUUUCAAGUGGAUGCAAUGAAUACACAGGAUCUGAGUGGCAUUCGCACACAAAGCCCCAUUGGCACUGAGACCAUUAGAAUAACUGAUUGUCAAGGAAAUACUUCUGUUUUGGGCUCAAACAUUGAACUAGAUAUAUCUUCAUUGCUGAACUUGAUUCCAGAGAAUGACAGAAAGGAGGAAGUAAAACAGAUAGAAUAUGCUGUGUUGAGACACAUCACACAACUGAGGAGAAUCUACAGUUUUUACAGCAGUUUAGGCUGUGAUCAGUCACUUGACAACACCUUCCUGAUGACUAAGCUCCAGUUCUGGAGACUUCUAAAGGACUGUCAGUUUCAUCAUUGCAAUAUAACCCUUGCUGAUAUGGAUAGGAUACUGAAUGGAGAUAAAGUACCACCUGAGGAGUUGCAUUCUCCAUAUGAGACAUUGCUGCUGAGAACAUUUUUAUCUUACCUUAUUCAUCUAGCAUUUCAUAUCUAUCACAAAGAGCAUGACGAUAAAGGACCGUAUCUGUUCAAGUGUUUCUCAAAGAUGAUGUCCAAGAACAUUAUUCCCAAUGCCUGUCAUGUUCAAGGCAUUUUAUUUCACAAACAACAACACACUGCCUCUGCCAUUAAUUACAUUGAUAAAUGCUGGGAGAUAUACGGAGCCUUUUGCAGACCAAGCAUUAGACCUCCUCAUGAACCCACAAUGAAGAUGAGACACUUCCUCUGGAUGUUGAAAGAUUUAAAUAUUCUAAGCAAACAAUUAACUUCUCCAAAAGUUGUGGAAAUACUGGCAAAGGAAAAUCCUUUUGUACGUGACAGAGAUGACAGCAACUUGGAGCAUGAGUUGGUUUUUCUUGAAUUCUUUGAAGCUCUCCUGGAUUGUGCACUGUUAUAUGUUACCAGUGAUAUGAUUAAGCAGCAAGUAGAACAUGUCAGUCAGAAAAGAAGCAGUUGUAGGAGUGAGGAUUACUCAGGAGUCAAGCAUACAGCUCAGCACCCAGAAUGCCUCUCACAUCGGUCCAUUCAUAGCAGAAGUACGAUCAGCGCUGACACAAACCGUGAAGCUUCUGAGGCAAGUCAUUUCUGUAUUGGUACGAUGCCAUCUUCAAGCAAGAUUGCCGAGUCAUCAAACUCUAACAAGAUAAAGAAACCUGAGCUUAAGUCUAAGGACUCUACAUCUGAAUGUAAAACUUCUCCGCAGACUCAGAAGCUAAAUGAGAAAGAAAGAGGUUCAUUUAUUCAAGCAUCUUAUGCUGCACUAAACAGCUCCUUCUCCUCCAGCACAGCACACCUACAAUCUACAGAUGACAAAGAUGAAAUAUUAGUACAGUCGUUGCCCAUUUUGGAGACAGAAAAAGGCCAAGUUCUCAGCAGUCCAAUGAAAGAACUGGCAGAUAAACUAGAAAAAGCCGAAAGUGAACAGAAGGAAAAAUUCAAUUUUUGGCUAAGCCAGCUAUAUAUCUUUUUUGUGACUACGUUCUUUGCUGCCUACAAGCAUGAACAAGUGGUGAGAGAAAAAAUAAAAGAAAAUCAAAUACGGGAGGCUGAACUAGAAGCACUGAGGAAAAUCAAAGAUGAGGAGUUAGCAAAGCUUAUCAGCACGAGAGAAGAAGCCAAAAAACAAGAAGAAGCUGCAACAGAAAAAGCAUUAGAGACAGAGAAUGGAGCAGUAAAAGAACCUGAGGAUUCAGUAAUGCAGCUGCCACCUCCUCCAAAGGAAGAAGCAAUCGUUGCUCCCCAGCCUGUGAUUACUAAGGUUGCUGCUGCUUUAAAGAAAAAGAAGAAGUAGAUGAUGCCAAGACUAAAGCUUCUUCAAUGACAUUUACAGGAAAACAGCACCAACAGAAAAUGGCUCCAAGCAACUUGCAGCAUGUCAGCUCAAGAAAAGCAGAGAAACAACAGGCAAGCUUUGAUGCUAUUAAAAAUGACAGAUAAAAUACUUUAGAUUUCAAACAAGUAUGUGGAUUUCCUAUUUUAUACUAAGUACUAUUUUAAAGAAGUUAGUAUAUCAAAUUGCCUGUCCUAAAAGAUUUUCUUCCUCUGAAGAUACUACCACAAUUUCAUGCUUUUGUUUGGUCUGGCCUUGUAGACAGAGCAAAAGCCCCGUACCAUAUGCUAGCAGAAGCCCUGCUUAUGGACUAGGGUCUCACAGGCACUGUGAGAAUAUAGCCAACAGCAGCACAGUUUUCAUAUAUUUAUAUAGGAUGCCCACUAAAAAAAAAAAAGUCACUGUUAACAUCUGGAAGUAAAUGGAACCAAACCCUAUUUUCUCCAUGAUAAGUUACCAGUCUACAUCCAAUCCAAAGUCUAACCCAUCCAGUACCCAGAGUCUGUAACGUGGCCAGCCCUAGUUGCUUCAGAGGAAGAUUAAAGCGCUCAAAAGCAGGUAAGGUGUGCAGUUCUCUGCCCCGUCAUGUCAUGUCAUGUUGAUUUCUGUUAGAGCGCGACUUAACCUGAAGCACAGGCCUUAACAUCCCUUAUAAAAAACUAUUACUAAUUUUGACAUUUCUGAAUAUUUUUGAUAUCCACGCAAGUCUCCCAAUUCCUUUUGAAAUCUGUCCCAACAUCCCAUAGACAAUGGAGACAGGUUAGAAAUAGCAUGCCAACUAGCUGCAAGAACAGGAAAGUCUGCUUUUAUUAUUAUACUGACAUGAACAGGAAACAAAAAUCUGCCUGACGUUCUACACAUAAUUAAGGAAUGCACAUCAACAGAUAAGAGGAUAAUAUAGGAAACACCCAAAACAUUAAUUAAAAA